AGUGCGAUCAACUGAGGGUCUCGGGGACGCAUAUAUAAGGACGGGCCGCUGUCAAAGCAGAGUCAUCUCAGCCCGAGAACAGCAGCACAGAGCCACAAUCUCUCCAGCACCUUCACGUGGAAGAUGUCUUCAAUCCGUGCCGCGUGCCUCCUUUGCGCAGCACUUUUCGCAAUGGUGAAGGGUUUUACACACGAAGACAUGAAAGACGCUCUGCUGAAGAAACUUGGACUGAGUGAAGUUCCGAGAAUUCACAAGCGGGACCUGGAGAACCUUUUGAUUCCAACGCACAUCAAGAACAAAUAUGUUUCCAUGCUGAAACUGCAUCACGCAAGAAAACGCCGCUCGCUUCCGAGUUUAGCCGGCAUACUGAGGGGAAUCCCUGGCAAUGCAGACAUAUCUGGUGAAUUUGUAUAUUCUGACACGACACGUCAACGCGUGAUGUUCGAGAUGACAUCAAGGAUUCCGGAGAACAGUGAAGUGACCAUGGCAGAACUAAAACUGUUCAAGAAAGCCCCACACAAGCGCUCCAUACCAGAGAGAAAGGGCCACAGACCCGUCAACAACGCCCGGGUGAGCAUCUACUGGGUGGAACUUCUGAAAGACGGGUCUAACCGAACUUCACUAGUGGAUUCCAGGUUGAUUCCAAUUCACGAAACCGGCUGGAAGAGCUUUGAUGUGACCCAGGCGGUGCACUAUUGGUCGAAGAGCCGAAUGGAGAUGCCCAUGCACCUGGAGGUGUGGAUCGAGGGCGAGAGACCCGGCAGUUACGCGGCAGAAAUGGCCAAGUGUGUCCGUUUCACAACUCAAGAUCCUAACGAUAACACUCUUGGAAAACCUGAGCUUGUUCUUUACACCCUCAACCUCGAGGAGUUUGGGUCUAGUGGAGACUGUGAAACCAACAAAGACAGUGAAAUGUGCUGCAGGGAAAAAUACUUCAUCAAUUUCCGAGCCUUGACGUGGACCCAGUACUGGAUCAUCGAACCAUCCGGGUAUCAGGCGUUCCGGUGUAACGGAGGCUGCCGGCAGCCCAAGCGCAACUACGGCUACGGAGAGAGGAAGUGCGCGGUUGUGGAAAGCGCACCGCUACCGAUGAUGUAUUUAGUUAAAAAGGGAGAUUAUACUGAAAUUGAGGUCGCUGAGUUCCCAAAUAUGAUUGUAGAAACAUGUGGAUGCGCAAUGGAUAAUGUUUCAGUUGUAUAAAUGUGCUAUUUGCCAUCGACCACGUGACACAAUGUACUUAAAAGCUAACGUUAUAAGGCUAAGAAAGGGUGUUGGCAACUUAACCCUUAUUAAGAUACCUCAAGCACUUUUUAUGAAAUUGUAAAUAUCGUUAAAUUGAUAUGCAUUUAUUUUUGCAUUUGUAUAUGAUGCCAUAUGAAGUGAAAGACUGAUUUGUAGAUGUUAUAUUUUGAGCAGUAAAUAGAAUGGUUUGUUGUAUAUGUCGACAUGUUGACUGAAUAUAAAUUCAACUAUUUUUCAUUGAAGUGAUUUGUCUUGGUCUUCGUUUGCAUAUUCCAGUGGUUGCAAAUGGCCACAUGGACUACAGACAUAAUUACACAAGGCAGUUAUGUUUUGUUUACUCUACAGACACAAA